UCGUUUGCUUCGACGCGCGAGAUCGGAACGAGCUCGGCGGCAGGGUAGCGAGGAGUUGUUAGUCCGUUUGGGAUCGAUGGCGGCAACGUAUGGAGCAGUGAAACCGGCUAAGAUUGGGCUGGAAGAGUCUCAGGAGGAGUUGCACCGCAUUCGGAUCACCCUCUCCUCCAAGAACGUCAAGAAUCUAGAGAAGGUGUGUGCGGAUCUGGUUAGAGGAGCGAGAGACAAGCAGCUGAAUGUGAAGGGGCCUGUGAGAAUGCCCACCAAGGUCCUCAACAUUACUACACGUAAAUCUCCGUGUGGUGAAGGAACCAACACAUGGGAUCGAUUUGAGCUGCGGGUACACAAGAGGGUGAUCGAUCUUCGUAGCUCUCCAGAGGUGGUGAAACAGAUCACUUCGAUUACCAUAGAGCCGGGUGUGGAGGUUGAAGUUACUAUUUCAGAAUGAUAAGCUUGGUAAGUCGUGGUAAUCCAAUUCUGCCACCCCUAGGCUAGUCUUCACCGACCUGUUAAAAGGUCAUUAUCUAAGAGGCUGAUUAGAUUAUCACAUCUAUGUUUCUAUGACUCAGUUUCUUCUUUCAUUCCAAAUGCUCUCAAAGUAGUUGCUGCCUAAUUCACUAUCAAUGUUCUACUCGAUUAAAAAGCGUUGAAACUUAUUUUUUGCAAGCAUAAUUUUCCAGUUCUUUGUCAA